CGCCGGGAGAGUUCCACGAAGCGAUGCCAGGAGGAGGUCAACCACCAGGAGUUGAAUACGGGCCGUCGGAUUCCGGACCCGAGCCACCAGGACUUCACCCGAUUGGGGCCUCCUGCCAGCCCGUUCCUGUGCGUCGCCUGCCUACUCGAGCGUGCCGUCAGCUCCUCAAGGCCGGUGAGCUUCUGCGUCCGUGGGCAGGACGAGAACAGUCGGGCUACGGGGCUACGGGCCCGAGGUCUACGCCAGCUUCCCGGCCAGAACGCCGCCCCCGUCUGCCGUGCCGCCUGCUGCCCGAGGCCGGCGUUCGAGCUUCUGUGCCCGUGGGCAGGACAAGAGCAGUCGGACUACGGGCCCGAGCUCUACACCCAGCUGCCCGGCCAGAACGCCGCCGCCGUCUGCUCGUGCUACCAAGCCGCCUGCUUUACCUCUCCAAACCAGAGCUGGCGCGCUCCGGUCGCCCGGUCAGUCAACUUACACCACGACCUUUGGUGAGACCGGCGCAACUCCUUUCGCCAACUUCUCGCCGCGUCUCCGCAUCGAGACUGUUAUGCGUCCCUGCCGUCGUGGCAAGGGAAUCAGUGAAUCGCCCGUCAAGUCGUCUGUGAAGGGGAUUCUGCUUAAGAAACCACUGCAAGGAAAUGGAAGUUUUUGCUCAUCU